AAAUGGUUUCAUUUACAAUAUCAGUCACAAGUUUGGACACACUUAAUCAAGUAUUGAUUCCUAUGAUUUUAAAAAUGUUUGUUGACAAAUAUAAGUAGUACCUAGAUAUGUCUUUCUAUACAAAAUUUACAUUUUUUUAAAUGUAUUUAUUUAUUUAUUUAUUUUUUAAUUAAAUAAAUGGAUGAGUAGGCAUGGAUGAUGAAAGAAAGCAGCCAACAAGUUUCAUAGGUAUGAUGACUUUGAUUAUGCUGUUUAUAUAAAUUGUGGUAAGAAGUUAUUAAACUAUUAUUAUUUAUAAUUAGUAGGUGUGUCAAAAAUGUUAACCAGUGGUGAUGAAUGCCCUUGUAUUCAAAUUUUAACAUUUAAACUGUGUUAAAUAUUAUAGUUCAAGACAAAAACUUGCAUUUGAUAUCUUAGGCCCUAACCCAAAGUGAAGAAAAAAAAGUUAAGAAAAGACCAGAUGUGUGAGAAACCAUUUUUGAUGACACAUACAGUUUAGCAGGCUAUAUAUUUAGUGAAGCUCAAAAAUUACAACAACUUCAGCACUGGACAAACACCACAUUCCCUCUAAAAAAGAUACAUUCUGAUUUGUAUAAAAAAAAAGAAUCCACCCUAGAGAGCGAUGGCAGCGAUAGUCACCGGGCUCAUCCCAAUCCUCCGUACUGCGGUGGACUCCACCGCCACCUAUAAAGGUCGCACCAUGUGGUUCGGCUUGCUCUGCAUCCGCCUUGUGACCAUCUUUCUGGCUCAGUUUCCAUGGAAAAGCCUAAAUGACGAUUUCAUCUGUAACAACAGUUCACAGUUCUGCAAUAGAGCUUGCUUUAAUAAACACUUUGACCGUUCUAUAGUGAUGGCAUGGCAUUUCCUCUUCAUCCUUCUUGUGCUCUCGGUCCUUCUCAUGGAGCUUUUUUCUUCCCAUCUUCGAUCUUCAUUCCAGAAGAAAAAAGAGAGAGAAAUGGAAUCUGGAAGCGAGCAGGGAGGUGCCAUUGAUCCCACCGUGACUGUUGGUGGUAGGAUGAUGAUAGACCUCCACAAGAGCAAAAGCAGUCUGGUGGUGUACCUGUUCAGCUUGAUUCUGCGGAUUGUAGUGGAGGUUUUGUUCGUGUAUAUCUUGCUGUUCUGGGUUCUGCCUAAAUUGAAUGAGUCGGUUUAUGUUUGUGAGUUAAGUUUUAAAGGAUGUUCAGUACAGCAGUGUGUGGUCCGAGGAGCAGCAGAAAAGACAAUGUCUGUUUAUGCACUGCUGUUUGUAUCUGCCCUGGUUAUUAUUACAAGCAGUGGAUUUUUUUUCUACUCAAUAGGCCACUAUCUCUGAAAUGGUUAACAAAAGGUUCUUGGUGAACACAAGCAUAUUAAUAGCAUUAAUGCAACUGUUCCGUUUUUUUUUUUUUUUUUUUUUUUUAAAUUUCUGAAAUGCUUCAUUAUGACUUACUGUGCCCAAUAUUGUAAUUAAUAUGAUUGUAUUUUUGGUUCCACUUUAUAUUAAGUGUCUUUAACUACUAUGUACUAACAUUUAAAUUUAUAAUUUGUUACAGUGCACUUAUUGUGUAUGUACAUGAUUUUACAUUGUAUUUGUAUUUUUAAAAUACCUGCAUGUAAUUACAGCUGUAAUUAAUUACAUCUAUAAUUACACCGUUGACCCUUCUCUUAAAUCUACCCAUACCACCAAACCUGUCCCUAACCCACCUCAAUAGCAGCAAAUGUGUUUCGCAAUACAAUACGAACAAAAUAAGUUUAUUAUACUUAUUUUUUGAUGUAAGUACAUAGUAGUUAGGCAGCUAAAAUAAAGUGUAACCAAAUCUUUAUUUAA